AUGCUUUAUUCGUUCCUGUCUAUUGGACAAUCAUUCUAUCUAUCUACCAAUGAAAUGCUAUCAAUCAUUGCUUUUCGAUUUUCUUGUUAUAUUUUGUCUUUUGUUUACUUGCUUUACUAUUUCCUUUCCUUUUUGCCGUCAUCUUUUUUCAUUUCUUUAUACUCUAAUUUCUUUCUUUAUAUUGUCUCAUUUUUUCUUUCUUUUUUCUAUUGUUUCCUUUCUAUCUAUUGUUUAAUUGUUUCUUUCUUUUUCGUUCUUUCUUUAUAUUGUCUCAUUUUUUCUUUCUUUUUUCUAUUGUUUCCUUUCUAUCUAUUGUUUAAUUGUUUCUUUCUUUUUCGUUCUUUCUUUAUAUUGUCUCAUUUUUUUCUUUCUUUUUUCUAUUGUUUCCUUUCUAUCUAUUGUUUAAUUGUUUCUUUCUUUUUCGUUCUUUCUUUAUAUUGUCUCUUUUUUUCUUUCCUUUUUUUCUAUCUAUUUCCUUUCUACCUGUUUUCAGUUUUUCUUUUUUUUUAUUUACUCAAUUCGUCUUUUUCUUUAUUUCUACUGUUUUUUUUUCCAUAUCUCUUUCUUUUUCGUUCCUUUUCUUUCAAUUUUUUAUCUAUUUUUUCUGCUAUUUUCUUGCUUAAUUUUUUUUUAUUUUUCCUUUUCUUUCUCUCUUUUUUCUUUGUUUUCUUCUUCUUUAAGAUGUUUUUUUUCUUUUUUCUUCUUCUUUUCUUGUUAUUUUUAAUAACCACUGUUUUAAUCUUUCCCUAUUUAUUUUGUCUCGUUUCACUUCGAAUAUUUCUCUUUGGAUUCUUUUGUUUUCAACAAAUUAAUUUUCUAUUUUCCCUAUCAAUUUACCGCUGUUAUUCCUUCCUACGCGGUUUCUUCAGCCUUUUCUUUAUUUGUGAACCAUUAUUUCUUUCACUAUUUUUAUGUACUUAUUCUUGUUCCCUUCUCUUUUUCUCUUUUUCUAUUCAUCCUUUUUUCAGCACGCGUUAUUUCUUUUCAGCAUUUAUUUAUUUUUAUUAUUUUUCACCACCCUUCUCCCCUUGCCAUAGUUGCUUCUUUUUCAUUGUUUUUCUUUUUCUAUUUCCUCAAUCUUAUUUCUUGUUCCAUACCUUGAAUAUUUUUUCUUUCUGUUUUGUGCUUCCGUAUAUUUUUAUUUUCUUUUUUUUCCUUUUUUCCUAUUCCUUCUCUUUCUUUUAUCUUUUUCUUAUUUUUCAAACUUAUUCAUUCUUCUUAUUUUCUUCCUUGUUUUUUUUUUUAUUCUUUUGUCUUUCUUUUUCGCCAGAACGCUUUGUUUCUUCACGCCAUUUUUUCGUCUUUUUUUUUUAUUAA